AUGAAUAAAUAUAAUUAUUAUAAUGAAAAUAAUAAUAGUAAAAAUGAAAAAAAGAGAUAUUCAAACACUUUAGUAGGAACUUUAUUCGAAUUUAAAGAUGACAAUAACAGCAGCGACUAUGGAGAUAACAGGGCUUCUUUUAAAGAUUCAUAUAAACCAAUUUAUAAGCAAGAGGUAGUCGACGAAAAGGGUAGAAAAAGAUUUCAUGGUGCUUUUACUGGUGGUUUUUCUGCAGGUUAUUUUAAUACUGUUGGCUCUAAAGAAGGUUUUACACCAUCAACUUUUAAAUCAUCAAAAAAACAAAAAGUAGAUUUCCAAUCUUUAAAGCCUGAGGAUUUUAUGGAUGAAGAGGAUCUUUCACACAGAGCCAAAGAAUUAACGACACAUUCAGAUUUUAAUUAUUUCCAAGGAUUGGGUGGCUUUGGUGAUUCAACCACAACUACAACAAGCAAUGACCAACAGGGAAAUUUAAAUGUUAAAAACUUUCAAAGUAUAUUUAAUGAUGAUAUGGAUAAUAAAAAUAUAAUCGAACCUUCUAAAGAAUCUAUAGGAAUAAAAUUAUUAAAAACUAUGGGCUUGAAUAAACUAAAGAAUUCAGAAUUGGGUCGUCUAAAGAAAAUUCAGAAUGAAAAUAAAUUAAAGAGGAAGAAACAAUCAAGAGAAAAAAGAGUAUCCAAUAAAACCGCAUCUUUGGAUGGCAUUGAAAUACCGGAGGAAUUGUUAUCAAAGCUUCAAGAAGGACAAGAGAUACCUCAAUCUAUAUUAUCGAUGAUAGAAAAGCAACAAAGUGUAAAUGCAGGGGAACAAUAUAGCGAAUCAGAAGAAGAGGAUGACCAAGACAUUCAUUCGGUAGACAACAUAGAUAAUCUUAGUGAAAAAGAAAUUAUGGACUUAUUUUUUGGUUCAAGUACAAAUAAAUCAUUUCAAAUUAAACAAAAGAAUAACUCAUAUGGUGUUGGUUAUGAACCUUCAGAUGAAAUUAAAAAUAUGAGAUAUGCCACCGGUCAACAACAAGAGAGUUCACAAUCUAAAAUUGCAAUGUCAACUAGAAAAUCAAACGAUACAUCAAUAAUUGGAUUGGGUGCCUUGGAAGAGGAUGAGGAUAAAGAUUUUGAUAUUUAUGGUGAUUCAGAUUCAAUGGAUAUUUAUGACUCAGAUUUUAUAGGUAAAAAAAAACCAUCGGUCUGGUUAAAUAAUUCAAAAACAAAAUCAUCGUCAUCGUACAGCUCAACAUUAGAUUUCAAGAGACCAGUUGAUACUAAAGAUUUACCUAGAUGCUCCGAUGGAACUUUGCCAUUGAAAGGAUUUGUAUUAAGUACCCAUACAACUUUAGAGAUUAAAUGGUUCCCACCACCACAGUUGCCUUCAAAUUUUAAUUACUACCACAGAUAUAAUUCGCCAUUAGAUAAAAAUGUAAUUCAAAGACCAAGUAAUAUAGUUUCGAUUACACCAUUCCAAAGAUCAAAUUUAUUAGGCGAGAUCCAACUGUUUAAUAACUCACAACAACAACAAGAGCAACAACAGCAACAACAGCACCCAAAAUUAGCACAACAGCAACCUAGCCAAAACAUCAUAAAGGACUCAAUGGACUAUUUAAGUGAUCCAGGCAGAAGAUUAAGAUUCAAUGAAUAUAUACUUGAAAGAAAUAACGAUAAAGGUUUAAAAGAGCAAUCAUUAAAUAACUAUUCUAGCUAUAGAGAUAUAUCAGAGGGUGAAAAACAAAAAGAAAGAGAAGUUUUUGAAAAGUAUGCUCAAUCUUUCAUGCCCCUUCAAUCACAAUUAAAUAAUAGAUUCGUUUCAAGUGGUGAUUCUUCUAAAACUGAAACACAACCUACAAUAAAUAAAUUACAAAAGCAAAUUAAGAAAAGAGUUGAAAAAUGGUUACCAGAGCCUUUAUUAUGUAAAAGAUUUGGUAUUCAAAAUCCAUAUACCAAAGAAGAAUUUGAAAUAUAUAAACAAGAAAAACAACUACUAAAACAAAAACCUUCAGAUUGGAAAUCAAAAUUAAACAUCCCAUUAAAUUAUUUAAAUAGUAGUAUAAAUAUAAAUAAUGCUGUCGAUACAGCCAAAACUAAUAUCGAAAAUAAUAAUAUUAAUAUUAAUAUUAAUAAUAAUAAUAAUAAUAAUAAUAAUAAUAAUAAUAGUAAUUUAGAUUUAUUCAUUAAUGAUAAAUAUAAUGUAUCAGUAUUCGAAAGUAAUGGGCAGUUUCAAGUUAAAGAGGCAGAAAGACCACCAAUGGAUUUAUUUAAAGCAAUUUUUGAAAGUAAUGAUGAAGAGAUUAAUGAUAAACCACAAGAUGGCGAGCUAGACCCAUUUUCUCAAUUUUUAAAACAAGAUCAACAAAAGCAAGAUCAACAAAAGCAAGAUGAAACUAAAUCAAACAAUUUAGAUCCAUUUUCACAAUUUUUGCAACAAGACCAACAUAAUAAACAAAAUUAUAAUAAUGACAAUUUAGAUCCAUUUUCACAAUUUUUACAACAGGAUCAAGCUCAACGACAACUAGAUAAACAUCAAAAAAGCGGCAAUGAUAGUUUGGAUAACAAUUUAGAUCCAUUUUCAUUAUUUUUACAACAAGAUCAACCUCAACAUCAAAAAAAAGAAAGAGAAGAAUUCAAAGAGAUAUCAGGUUUUCAAAAUAUAAGUAAUAAAAUUAAAUCAAUAGAGGAUAAUGAAGCCGAAAAAAGAUAUAAUAGAGACCUAUCAAAAGAAAAAGAAAAAAAAGAAAAAAAAGAAAGGAAAAGAAAAGAAAAGAGAGAAAAAAAAGAAAGAAAAGAAAAAGAGAGAAAAGAAAAAGAAAGAUGGGUGGAAAAUGUUAAAUCUUAUUUAUCUCAAUUUAGUGAUAUAAGUGAUUCGAGUAGUAGUGAUUCUAGCAAUAGUGAUUCUGAAUAUGAAAGAAGAAAGAGAAAAGAAAAAAAGAAAAAAAAAGAAAAAAGGAGGGAAAAAGAAAGAGAAAAACAUAGAGACAGAGAUAGAGAUAGAGAUAGGGAUAGGGAUAGGGAUAGGGAUAGGGAUAGGGAUAGGGAUAGGGAUAGGGAUAGGGAUAGGGAUAGAGACAGAGAAAGGUCAAGAUCCAAAGAUAGAGAAAAAGAUAGAGAAAGAGAAAAACAUAGAAACCGAGAUAGGGAUAGGGAUAGGGACAGAGGAAGGUCAAGAUCCAAAGAUAGAGAAAAAGAAAGAAAAAGAUCAAUUUCAAAAGAAAAAGAAAAAGAAAGAUAA